AUGCUUCGCCCGUACUGGAUGGUAUGCCUGGCGGCUCUGACCGCUGCCAGCCUCAAAGAUCUCGCCAACUGCGACCCUCUGCGAAAAGAUAUGCGUAAUGAUCCUAUAGCACAAAAGUCUUGCCCAAAAAAGACCCGCACCGAACCAUCAAAGCUAACUGUUGCAUCAGACUGCCCCCCUGACGCGGCGUUUGCCGGCAAGGCCUCGUUCGACUUCACCACCGCAAACUGGGACAAUGUCCUCGACUUCUGGGCCGUGGAUGAAGCGACGGCCAACGACAAGAAGAGGCUCGAUUUCGACACCGACGGCAACGGCGUCGCCAUGGGCAUGUGGAAGCCGGGUGACGCCCCAACCCUCGUCAGCAGCAAGUAUCUGCUCUUUGGCAAGGUCAGCGUCACGCUGCGAGCCGCCAAGGGCAACGGCCUCAUCACCGCCGUGGUGUUGAAAUCGGACUCUGGCGACGAAAUCGACUGGGAACUCCUCGGGGCGUACGACAACCAGGCGCAAACAAACUACUUCUACGACGGGCAGGCGCUCUUCAACACGUACAACGACACGUACGACCUCGCGGCGUCCAGCUUCGACGCCCUCCAGAAGUACUCGCUCGAAUGGACCGACCAGUUCCUCAGCUUCUCCGUCAACGACACCAUCCGCAAGGUGUGGUACGUCGGCGAGAUUCCGGCCGCCAAGUGGCCCCAGACGCCCAUGCAGGUCAAGCUGGGCGUGUGGUCGGUCCGCAACGACAGCGACCGCGGCGAGAUCGCAUGGGCCGGCGGCGUGCCCGACUGGGGCUCGGCCCCGUACAGGGGGUACUUCCAGAGCAUCGAGGUCGAGGACUACACGGGCUUCUGCAACCAGACGGACGGGUACGUCGAGUACCAGUACGACGAGCGGACGGCGGGCUGGCAAAAGAUCAGGAUAGCCGGGUGCCAGAGCCGCCCGGGGCCGGAGCUGCCCGCCCCCAGUCCCGUUCACACGGGCGACGCUACGGCCACCGAGACCGGCGAGACCGGCGGGCCGGAAACGACGGCGGCGGAUGACGACAACGGCGGCGCGGGCUUGUCAGCGGGGCCGUCUUCGGCCUUGGCUGCCGUGCUUUGCCUGGUGUGGUUUUUGGUUCUCUGA